GCCCUCCGUGCUGUAGCAACAUCGACCUGAUCAAAACAUUGAACGCGUCUGUCAUUCAUUGUAGGCAUACGUUCUUUGAGGCAGACGAAGCUCCCUAUACUUCGUUUAACGAAGACAUGCUCGGUGCGCCAGAUCGACUACGGUUUGGAGGUUUCAGGAUGUCCCAGAAGAUCAAGGCAGGGUCGGUGGUGGAGAUGCAGGGGGAUGAGAUGACCAGAGUCAUCUGGGAGCUCAUUAAGGAGAAGCUCAUCUUCCCCUACCUGGAGAUGGACCUGCACAGCUACGACCUGGGCAUGGAGAACCGUGAUGCCACGGACGACAAGGUGACGGUUGAGGCGGCGGAGGCGACGCGGCGCUACAACGUGGGCAUUAAGUGUGCCACCAUCACGCCGGAUGAAAACCGGGUGGAGGAGUUCAAGCUAAAGCAGAUGUGGCGCUCGCCCAACGGGACCAUCCGUAACAUCCUGGGAGGCACCGUGUUCAGGGAGGCCAUCAUCUGUAAGAACAUCCCCCGCCUGGUGCCCGGCUGGGUCAAACCAAUCAUCAUCGGCAGGCAUGCCCACGGAGACCAGUACAAGGCCACAGACUUUGUGGUACCUGGACCUGGGAGACUGGAGAUGAAAUUCACACCCAAGAUUGGGGAGCCAAUGAACUUUGUCGUCCAUGACUUUGAAGGUUCAGGUGGUGUGGCUCUGGGGAUGUACAACACAGACAGCUCCAUCAGGGACUUUGCCCACAGCUCCUUCCAGAUGGGGCUGCAAAAAGCCUGGCCUCUGUACCUCAGCACCAAGAACACCAUCCUCAAGAAGUAUGACGGGCGCUUCAAAGAUAUCUUCCAGGAGAUCUAUGAAAAGCAGUACCGCUCUAAGUUUGAGCAGAAGGGGAUCUGGUAUGAGCAUCGUCUGAUUGAUGACAUGGUGGCUCAGGCCAUGAAGUCUGAUGGAGGAUUCAUCUGGGCCUGCAAGAACUACGACGGGGACGUCCAGUCUGACUCUGUAGCCCAAGGUUAUGGGUCCCUUGGUAUGAUGACCAGUGUGCUCAUCUGUCCUGACGGUCGUACGGUGGAGUCGGAGGCGGCCCACGGCACGGUAACGCGCCACUACAGACAGCACCAGCAGGGCAAGGAGACAUCCACCAACCCCAUCGCGUCCAUCUUUGCUUGGUCGCGGGGGCUGCUGCACCGGGCAAAGCUGGAUGACAACGCAGAGCUGCGUGUGUUUGCUGAGGCCCUGGAGGUCGUCUGCGUGGAGACCAUCGAGGCUGGCUUCAUGACCAAGGAUCUGGCUAUCUGUAUCAAAGGCAUGGCAGAUACCAAACGCUCAGACUACCUGAACACCUUUGAGUUCCUGGAUAAACUGUCAGAGAACCUGAAGACCAAGAUGUCCAACCAACCCAAACUGUGAUCACCUCAUCUCCCAACUUUAAACGCACACACUAUUGACAGCAGGGACUAUGGGCCCCGGCCAACACUGAACCAAUGAAGGGGACUGUCUGCCCAGAACGCAACCAGAGCUUCUAGAAGACCUAGGACCCUUGAGACUUAAUCAUUCCCUCCACAAGCAGUCUGUCUGCUUCAAGGAGGUGUCUUGUCCAGGGGGAGGGGGGGGGGGGGAUGUCCUCCCAAAGCUAAUGAAUCAUUCCUAUCUAAACUACUUGCCAUUGCUGUCCCACUCUCCCCAUGCUUGCUGUUGCUUGGCAAUAUGAAUAUUAAUGUGGACUCAUUAAACUCAACAUGCCUCUUAUUUCAUUGCUGUUAAGGACUGUUUCAAUGUUACCCAACAAUACAGACCAACUCCUUCUGCAUCAUAAAAGCUGUUGACCCCCUACAACUCUAAUGCCAUCUGCUCUGCCUCUUGACCACGCCCCCAAUUCACCUGAUGAACUAGCUGCCCAAGUCAACACUGCUCUGUCUCCCCCAAUUCUCUCCCCCACCCCCUCCAAACUAAACCGUGUCCUUCUCCCCCUGGUUGACCCCUGAGGUCCAUGCCCUGCUUGCUUCAAUAAGAACUCCUGAACUCUGUUCUCCACUGUCAGCAAACUACUUCAGCCUCGUGACGACACCUUCUCUACUCCCUCCACUGAAAUCUACAACUCCUUCGUCAGCUAUUUUCAAGGAAAAGCUCACAAAUACACUUCACACAACUUACUCAUCACAGCUCUGUUCUCAUUAAAGCCUGCCUGCUCUCUGUCCAUCCCUGGCUCUUCUCCCUACUGUUCUCAUUAAAGCCUGCCUGCCUGCUCUCUGUCCAUCCCUGGAUCCUCUCCCUACUGUUCUCAUUAAAGCCUGCCUGCCCUCUGUCCAUAUAUCACACACCAUCAACCUCUCCCUUGCCCACGGAUCUCACCCCUACAGAACAGCUGCAGACACCCCUCCCCCAAUCUUAUAAAUGCCGGGAACGGACACCACCAUCUUUCUGCACAAUUUCCAACCUUCCUUUCCAAGACUCUGUUCCAGACUGUUGCCUCCCAAUUCAAACCCACCUGCUAGUCAACAACUAAUUCAAGCCCCUCCAGUCUGGUUUCCACCACAGUACUGAAACUGCACUCAAAGUUGUGAAUGACCUCACCUCUGCUGAUGCUGGUGCCCUUAACAUCCUGAUUCUCCUUGACCAGAGUGCCGCUUUUAGCACUGAGUCAUCAGAUUGAGGGUACAGCACUUUCCUGGCUACAAUCAUACCUCAUAAACCGGACCCACUACAUCUCCCUCAAUGGCCAUACCUCAGACGCCACUGCAGUCACACAGGGUGUCCCCCAAGGUACUGUGCUGGGCCCCUUACGCUUCAUCUUCCUUGAUCUGGGUGUCACCUGACCACCUCGGCACCAAAUCCCUAUUCGACCCACAUUGAAUUUCCUUUUUCGGCAUUAAAAACAUGGCUGCAACAACACUUCCUCAAGCUAAGCAUUUAUAAAACGGAACUCUUACUCAUAGACACCAAAUCCAUCUUCACCAAAGCUGGUAAUCUUGCGAUUGACACCACUGUCUCCCCACACACACUCAACCUUGGCUUCACCCUCUCCUUUGACCAUCACAUAAGACAGACAGACUGGCAAAUUGUCAUUCUUCCACCUCCGCAACAUUGCCAAAGCCAGGUCCACCUGUCCUGCCGUUGAAACACGCAUUCCAUCUCCUCCUGUCUUGACUACUGUAACUCACUACUCUCUAGCGUCAACUCAAGUUCCCUCCAUAAGCCCGACCCCCCCCCCCCCCCCCCCCCCCCCUCACCCACACUAAGUACUGGUAGCACCUCUCCUCUGUGAACUUCAUUAGCUCCCUGUCUCUCAACGCUUUGAUUACAAGCUCUUCUUUCUGACCUACAAAGCCCUUCACCACCUUGCCCCCCCCCCUCCCCACCUCUGACAUUCUUGUCCCCUACCAACCCACAUGCCCCUUACCCUAAACCAGGUUCGUAUCCUAACCCUCCCCAUACACUGAUACAUCUCUCUUAUUUCAGCCCACCCGCUCUCUUUAUUCAUGCUUUUGUAAACUUUCUUUUUUUAAUUUUUAUUUUUACAAUUGUUUAAAGACUUUGGUCCUUGAAAAGUGCUAUAUUAAUCCCAUGUUUUACUAUAUGUAGGGUUCAGAUGUAGGGUGAGUUUAUUUGUAUUUUUACAGGGACAGUGCACAUUAAUCAACGUUUCAGUAAAAGUGCUGGUUUUAGCCAGCCGACUAAUUUUCAACCGCAGUCCCUGGGCAGGUUGUUGAUGUGAGGCCCUCUUCUCCAUUGAUGACUUACCAAAAGAUAUGGCUAGACCAUAGUGGUAACACUCAGCCAAUCUAAGUGGCCUGAAUCCUAAUUUGAGAUCACAAGCAUAACUUGUGAUUUUUUUUUUAAGCAAUCGCCUAGUGAAAUAUGUGUUUAUAAUUCUGCCAAGUAUGACUGUUUUUAAUGAAUGAUGGACACAGAAAUAACCAGUGUUCCCUACGCUAAUUGAACUAUGUGUUGUUUUUUUUGUGUGUGUGUUGUCGGUCAGUGAGCAGUGAUCGCCAGUCCUGCCUGAGGGUGAUCUUACCCUUCUGUUGCCUUGUCUUAUGUAACGUGACUUCAGUCUGUCACAGCAUUUUAUAUAUAUAUAUAUAUUAUGCCAUGACAACUACUGUAGCCUGUUUAGAUUUUGACCGUCUUGGCUUGGUGUCAUUGAUUCACAAAGCUAUACUAGCAUCACUCACUCCCUGUUUGUGGUUAUGGAAGAGGUCGUAAGAUAUUAAAAACACACUUAACACCUUACCCCCCCCCCCCCCCCCCCCCCCAUACAGAAAUGAGUGUCCAAGUACCUUCCUCUGCCAGUAAGCACACACAACCAGGGGAUGCAGGUUUGUACUUGACAGUGUGGUCAGAAUAUCAACUCAAUAAAUGGGUUUUGGAGAAAA